CUUUACCUUUUUACUUUUUUGUGCUUUAGUUGUUUUUUUGUUUUAAUUUGGUGAUUUAGAAAAAACAGAGAAAGUCACUUUCCUAAAUACGUUCCCAAUUCACAAACCUAAUCUUAAUUUUUAGAUUUUCUAUGGUUGCAAAUUCUUUUAUCAUUUUAUCACCCUAAUCACUUUCAGUCUCUCAUCCAUGAAUCAUAAUCACUUUCAUCUCCACACUAAUCUGUUUCGUAUGCGUCGUCUCUGAGCCACCGGUCCACCGUCGAACAAAGCUCCGACACCUGCUCCCAUGAGCAACUGAUUUCGACAUGCAAGAUAUUGUGGAUGUGCUGGAGCUAUCACAGCACCAAGAUGCCUCGUGAAACUAUACAAAGAAGAAAGCUAUGGUACAUGCCGUUUUUUGAAGACUGCAUUGGUGCUUUGGAGGGAACUCACUUACCUGUUCGUCCUCCGUCUGAUAAUCCAGAACCGUACAAAGGCAGGAAAGGAGAACUGACAAUCAAUGUUCUCGUAAUAUGCAAUUUGAAAAUGCGCUUCAUUUACGCAUACGUGGGAGUUUCUGGAAAAGCUCAUGACACAAAAGUUCUUACACAUUUUGCGACACAUGAAUCAUUCUUCCUUCAUCCACCAGAUGGUAAGUACUAUCUAGUUGACUCCGGUUAUCCAACUAGAACCGGUUAUCUAGGUCCGCAUCGUAGAACUAGGUAUCAUCUUGACCAGUUUUCUAGGGGAAGACCACUAACAAAUGCUAGAGUGUUUAACCGGAAGAAUGCCAGUUUACGUUCUGUGAUUGAAAGAAUAUUUGAUGUUUAGAAACCAAAGUGGAGGAUUUUAUAUAGAAAACAUCCGAAGAAUGAUGUUAAAAAGUGGGUGAAGAUUGUGACGGCAACUAUGGCACUUCAUAAUUUUAUUCGAGAUUCAUUGUAUGAAGACCGUGAUUUCACUUAUUGAGAAACGGUAAAUGAGUAUGAACAUUAUGGUGACCAAGCAGUAGAAGAGCUUGAGCAUACUCUAUACCUUCCAUCUGGUGAUAGAGCAAUGGAGAUUCGACGUGAUGCAAUCACUGAAAAGAUAGCAAGAGAAAGUCGACUUCCAUAUUAGUUUCAUAUAUGAAGAGGUUUGUAUUUGAAUUUGCUUUUGUCUGUUCAUUUUAAAUUUGCAUUUGAGUUUUAUUGCCUUGGUUAAGCGUGUAGUGUUUUACUAUGUAAUGGUCUGAUAUUUGAAUUUGCUUUUGUUUGUUCAAUUUUUUUUCUUUAAAAUGCAGGCACUGCAAGGCUUGAUGUUUUGAGCAGAGAAGUUAAAUAUUUUGUGUAAAAGGCAUUUGAGUUUGAUGUUAUCAUUGUUGUAAAACAUGAAAAUAUAGUUUAAUGUUUAUUAUUGUUACUUUAUAAUGUUAUAGAACAUAAAAAAUGAAUU